AUGAGUUCUACUGGUUCUUCACAAUACAAUGAAACCUAUGAAUUGAAGAGAAGGAAACCUCUUGCCACUCAAGAUACCGAUUCUGAACUAGAUGAUAUCAUUAACAAAACUUCCACAUUGAAAUUGAAUGAUAAAACCGAUUUAAGUCAACUUUUCAUCAACUAUAUUAAUCCAUUGAUUUUAACUGCCAUAUCAGCAUUUGUACGAUUAUGGAGAAUUGAUUUAAGUCAAUCUGUAGUUUGGGAUGAAGCCCAUUUUGGUAAAUUCGGUUCUUAUUAUUUAAAACAUGAAUUUUAUUUCGAUGUUCAUCCUCCUUUAGGUAAAUUAUUGGUAGGUUUAUCAGGUUGGUUGGCAGGUUAUAAUGGACAUUUCAAAUUUUCCAGUAGUUUGUCAUACCCCGAUGAUUGUAAUUAUGUAUUAAUGAGAGCUUUCAAUUGUAUGUUUGGGAUUCUAUGUACUCCUAUUGCUUAUAGGACUGCUGUCAAAUUAGGUUAUAGUCAAUUCACUAUUUGGUUUAUAAGUUUACAAGUUGUAUUUGAAAUGCUUUCAUUGACAUUAUCCAAAUUCAUUUUAUUGGAUUCUAUGUUAUUAUUCUUCACUGUAUUAUGUUUUUACUGCCUUGUAAGUAUCCAUAAUUUGAGAUUACAAGAUAAAAUUUUAAGUGGUGAAGGUAUAAGGUGGAUGAUUGCCACCGGUUUCUCCAUUGGAUGUGUAUGUUCAGUCAAAUGGGUAGGUAUUUUAGUCACCGCUGUUAUUGGUCUUUAUACUGUUUAUGAUUUAUUGAUCAAAACCUAUCAAUUAAGAAGUAAGAAAUAUCCUAUCAAAUUUUCAUCAUAUUUGAACCAUUGGUUAAUUAGAAUUGUUACUUUGAUUGUCAUUCCUUUCAUAAUAUAUGUAGCUUCAUUCAAGGUUCAUUUCAGUGUUUUAACCAACUCAGGUCCAGGUGAUGGUUCAAUUUCUUCAUUACUUCAAGCUUCUUUAAAUGGUACCAAAAUCAAAUAUGGACCUAGAUCUGUUGGGUACGGAUCUUUAGUUACCUUAAGAUCUCAAGGAUUAUCACCAAAUUUAUUACAUUCUCAUGCUCAUACUUACCCUGAAGGUUCUCAACAAACUCAAGUCACUACUUAUGGUUAUAAGGAUUCUAAUAAUGAAUUUUCUUUUGAGUUUGAUUUUGAAACCGGUUUAAGGAAUCAUUUUGCUACUUUACAGGCUGAUAAUAAAACUACCGUUGAAUAUGAUAGAUUAGUUAAACAUGGUGAUACUGUUAGAUUGGUUCAUAACAAUCGAAACUGUUUAUUACAUUCCCAUAAAAUCCCUUCAUUCGUAACUUCUUCUCAUUAUGAAGUUUCUUGUUAUGCCAAUUUAGAUCAAAGUGACAACAAGGACGAUUGGGUGAUUGAAAUUCAAGAACAUGGGAAAUCACCAUCACCAAUAUUUGCUAAUGAAGCUGAAGAUGAGAUUCAUCCUAUCCUGACAAACUUUAGAUUAAGACACAAAGUCUUGGGUUGUUAUUUAGCAACUACUGGUAAAUCUUAUCCAGCAUGGGGUUUCCAACAAGGAGAAGUUAUCUGUAAGAAAACCUAUUUAGCAAAUGAUAAGAGUACUUGGUGGAAUGUUGAAGAUCAUGAAAAUGAAUAUUUACCUCCUUUACAACAGAAAUACGUUCCACCCAAACCUAAAUUCUGGAGAGAGUUUAUUUUAGUCAAUUAUGGUAUGAUGGCUUCAAAUAAUGCUUUAGUUCCUGAUGGAAAUAAAUUCGAUAGAUUAUCCAGUAAAUGGUGGGAAUGGCCCAUUUUAAGAAUCGGUUUAAGAAUGAAUUCCUGGUCCGCUACAUCUGUCAAAUUCUUCUUAAUGGGGAACCCUUUUGUGACUUGGUUUAGUACUUUCAACAUUGCCGUCAUAACUCUUUAUUUUAUGGUUCAAUUAUGGAGAUGGCAAAGACAAAAGUUGAAUUUCAAUGGAAUCUUCGAUAGUCAUUUCAACAAAUUGAUAAUUCAAGCAUUUUUACCUUUCAUGGGUUGGGUGUUCCAUUAUGUACCAUUCAUAAUGAUGGGAAGAGUUACAUAUCUCCAUCAUUAUGUACCAGCACAAUAUUUUGCUAUAUUCAUCUCUGGUUUCAUUAUGGAAACUUUUAUUUACAAAAAAUGUAACAAAUAUGUUACUUGGACAUUAUUUGGAAUAAGUUAUUUGUUAACUAUUGGAUGUUUCUGGUAUUUCAGAUAUUUCUCAUGGGGAAUGGAAGGUUCACCUAAAAAUUUUAAUCACUUAAAACUCUUAUCCAGUUGGAUGGUAAGUUGA